AUGGCCACCUCAGGUUUCAACGCAUUCCUCGAGAUCGAGAGCACCUCUCGAAUCACCAGUCCGCCAUUAGCAGUUCGCAGCAACAAGCAAAGCACCGAGUCCCAGUCCCAGUCCGACUACGAGCUGAACAUCAUCCAGCCAGUCUCAUCAUACAUAGCCGAAAAUAUUAGAAGUCCAUCCUCCCCCACCCCAAGUGAACUAGAGCAACAUAUCUCACCAAACACCCAACCCACCCCAACAGAAUGGGCCCCAGACCGAACAGCCAGCACCUGGAAAACAAAAUGGCGAAUGCUAAGCGUCUGUCUAAUGAGCCUAGGAAAUGGCAUGAACGACAGCGCGCCAGGAGCCCUAAUCCCCUACAUCGAAAAACACUACUCAAUCGGCUACGCAAUUGUCUCCCUAAUCUUCGUAACAAACGCCUUCGGCUUCAUCCUAGCAGCGCCAUUCACACAUUCCAUCGAGGCCAAGCUCGGCCGCGCAAAGAGCUACGCUCUUGCCCUGGCAUUGCAGGUCCUGGGCUAUAUCGUCAUCGUCUGUGAACCACCCUUCCCGGCUGUCGUGGCAUGCUUUUUCCUACUGGGUUUCGGGAUGGCGCUUAGUCUCGCCUUGAGUAAUGUCUACUGUGCCAAUCUGGCUGAUGCCACGACCGCCCUGGGCCUUUUUACCGGGUCUUACGGUAUCGGCGGUAUUGUUGCGCCGUUGUUUGCUACUGCGAUGGUUUCUGCGGGGAUACGGUGGUCGUUCUUUUAUGCCAUUACCUUGGCUGUCGCGGCGGUUAAUUUGCUCUUUGCCAUGUGGGCAUUUUGGAAAUUUGAGGAUGAUGCUUCUGCCGAAGCGCAUGUUGCUCUUCGGGCUGGUGCAGGUACAUCCUCAGAUACCGAGCCAUUAUCCCGAACGGCUGUUCUCAAGAAGUCCCUGCGGAACCGUACAACCCUCCUAGGAGCUUUAUUCAUCUUCGCCUACCAAGGCGCCGAAGUCUCCGUCUCCGGCUGGGUCGUCUCAUUCCUAAUCAGCUACCGAAACGGCGAUCCAACACGAGUCGGCUACGUCAGUGCCGGAUUCUGGGCGGGCAUUACAGCAGGCCGAUUUCUAUUAACACACCCGGCCUCUAAGCUCGGCGAGAAGAUUGCUGUUGUGGGAAUGAUAGCCGGAGCUGUGGCGUUCCAGCUGCUUACUUGGCUUAUUCCGAAUGUUAUUGGUGAGGCUGUUUCGGUUGCUAUCUUGGGUUUGUUGUUGGGGGCUGUUUACCCUUGUGCAACGUCUGUUUUUACGAAGCUAAUUCCGCGCAAUAUGCAUAUGUCUAGUUUGAGCUUUGUUAGUGCGUUGGGGAGUAGUGGCGGCGCGGUUUCGCCUUUCUUUACUGGUAUUCUUGCGCAGAAUGUUGGUACUAUGGUUUUGCAUCCUAUUUGUAUUGGACUUUAUGGGGUUAUGGCUAUUAGUUGGUUGCUUUUGCCGAAGAUUGUUAAAAGAACUGAGUGA